AUGUACACGGUCAUGUCCAUCACCAUCAUUCGCAAUACAAACCAAAAUGGGCCACUCGUGGAGAGCGCCAAUCGUUCUUCUCUGACGUACUACCGCAUUUUCUGUCCUCCUCGUGAUCUAUUCGCGGCCCCUCGCUCCCCUUCCCCCUGGCGCCAUUGGACCCGUUUCAGUGUGACUCCGUUAACGCAGGAGGAGAAGGACGAGCUGGAGGUGGCGAAGACCCCAGGCCUGCUCGCACCCAUUAGCAUCUCACCCGACAAUCCCGAGGAGUUUGAGAACCUAGGCUCCAUGCGCACGCGCUACUCCCCUGCCCUCAUCUACAACCUUCUCAGAAACUUCGAGGAUGCUCCACGUGUAUAUAAGAACAUCGCCCACUGUGACGUGGACCCAUUGGAAGAGCCCGGCACCUUCAGAGUCACACAGCACAUUAAGUGGCGGUUCCUGUUUCUCUCCGGCACAUUCGCCACCACACUCAUCUGCCAGCGGGACGACGCAGCCAGAUCAGUCAACUUCAAGCUGGCUGAGCCUGGCUUCAUGAAGGCUUUCAAAGGAGGCUGGACUAUUCACGACCUGAGCCCUCCGAAGCCGUUGCCCCUUGCAUCUCCAUCCACCCCGCCUUCCAUGGUAGCCCUGAAGGCCAGCUUCUUUAAAUCGCUGGCUGCAGCACUUCCAGUCGCAGCUGCCACUGCAGCUGAAGCAGAAGCACCUCCUGGGGCUGCUGAAGGAGCAGCAAGUGGUAUUUCUCCAAGCGGAUCUCUGAUCGAGAUGUGGCAGCUGUCUCAGCCUGCAAUGGUCCCCCCUCGACCACUUUUGCCCUAUGUUUAUGGCAUCAUGUCAACUAGCAUGAGAGCAAUCUUUCAAGACUUGUGCGUUGAGGCUGACCGAGUUGAGCGGUUGGAGAAAGAGGCAUCUGCCAAGGCUCCUCAAGCAGACGUCCUAGUUUCAACAUAG